AGGGUUUCACUGCAAACACCGAGUAAAUACAGCGUCAAAGAAAGAGGGCGUAGGUGGGAAAAAAAUGGCGAUGGCGAUGGUACGAUCUGCUUUGCUCCGCAACUCCAUGCGUGGUGGCUCUCGAGUUCCUUCUGCACCUCCUAAGCGCAACUUUGCUUCCUCUUCUCAUCACGACGAUGCCUAUGAGACGGCAAAGUGGGAAAAAAUUACUUAUGCAGGCAUUGUGACAUGCACCAUUUUAGCCAUUUAUAACCUACGAAAGGGUCAUCCCCACGACGAUCCACCUCCUCCAUACCCAUAUCUGCACAUACGCAAUAAGGAGUUUCCAUGGGGUCCGGAUGGGCUUUUCGAGAGAAAGCAUGAUCACCACUAGAAUAUUUUCUGAUCCAUGUCAAGGAGAUACCAAUAACCUCUUCUUCACAUUUUACUUGGAAUUGUUGAAUUGUUUUUAGAUGUUAAUGUUUGUGUUUAUCAUUUUGAUUCUGGAUUCAGGCCCGUAUCAGGCAUGUUACUAUCUUUUAUGCUUUCUUUCUGUCAAGCGUACUUUGUUACAUUUUAAUAAGUUGACAAUUCUUCUUUUCCAGUUU